CGUGGCUUGAUGGCGUGGGCGGGGCGUGGAGCCGGGCCCGGGAGCAGCGGCGGGCGGCUGGGCCGCGGGCCCGGUGGGGCCGGCACGCGGGCGGGGCGGGCGUCAGUACGCGAGCCGCGGUCGAGUCGGUGCCCAGACGGCGGCGGCCGCACGAGCGGCUCGGCCUCUGCUCUCGGCGCCCGCGCGCCCCGGCCCCGGCGCCGUCCGGCCAUGCCGUCGCCCGCGCCGCCCACCGAGCUGGUGCCGUCGGAGCGCGCCGUGGUGCUGCUGUCGUGCGCGCUCUCCGCGCUCGGCUCGGGCCUGCUGGUGGCCACGCACGCCCUGUGGCCCGACCUGCGCAGCCAGGCGCGGCGCCUGCUGCUCUUCCUGUCGCUGGCCGACCUGCUCUCGGCCGCCUCCUACUUCUACGGGGUGCUGCAAGACUUCUCGGGCCCCUCGUGGGACUGCGUGCUGCAGGGUGCGCUCUCCACCUUCGCCAACACCAGCUCCUUCUUCUGGACGGUGGCCAUCGCCCUCUACCUGUACCUCAGCAUCGUCCACGCCGCGCGUGGGCCCCGGGCCGGCCGCCUGCUCUGGGCCUUCCACAUCGUCAGCUGGGGAGUUCCGCUGGCCAUCACCGUGGCAGCUGUCGCUCUAAAGAAGAUCGGCUACGACGCCUCGGACGUGUCCGUGGGCUGGUGCUGGAUCGACCUGGAGGCGGAGGACUACAUCCUGUGGAUGCUGCUCACCGGGAAGCUGUGGGAGAUGCUGGCCUACGUCACGCUGCCCCUGCUCUACCUGCUCAUCAGGAAGCACAUAAACAGAGCGCACGAGGCGCUCUCUGAGUACCGGCCCAUCGUCUCUGAGGCGCACCAGCUUCAGCGCCACACCUCCGUGGCCGAUAAGAAGCUGGUCCUCAUCCCGCUCAUCUUCAUUUUCCUCCGGGUCUGGAGCACCGUGCGAUUCGUCCUGACCCUCUGUGGCUCCCCAGCGGUACGGACGCCGGUGCUGGUCGUCCUGCAUGGUAUCGGGAACACGUUUCAGGGAGGCGCCAACUGCAUCAUGUUCGUCCUCUGCACCCGUGCCGUCCGGACCCGGCUCUUCUCUCUCUGCUGCUUCUGCUGCUCCCCCCAGCCUUCUGCCACGAGCCCGGCUGGCCCUCCCAAGGCUCCUGCAUCAUCCAAGCCGGGGCAACCUCAGGGCCCCACAUGGACCCCAGACGAACUUCCAAGCACCUGAGCUCUUCCCUUCCUAGUUCUGUGCAUGGGUGCUGCCUACCUGGGGACAGGUGGUCUCUGAGUCCCUGCUGCAGGGAGCAGGGUGGCCGUCCACUGCACUGAGAGCCGUCCACUGUGGAAGCUCUGGACGCCUGCGGGGAGCAGCCGCUCUCAGCUUCUUCUACCUCCUUCACCCUCAGGCGGCGUGUCUCCCCACACCGCGUCCCGCUGCCCUCAGGGGUGUCUGUCUGCGUGAGGUCGGCACUGAGAUUCAGGGAAACCAGCGGCCUGUGGUCACUGCCACAUUGCCUCGUGGUCCAGGAGUCACUGGCCUCUUGACCACACGGCACUGUUUACAAUUAAGGGACCCACCGCCGUGGGAAAAGCACGAAGAGAUAUGUACACUGUGCCCCCAUCCUGAAUAAAAUGUCGGGGUACCAGAGAUGUGUCCCCCACCCAGACAGCAUGCAGCAGAUUCUUGCUUUGUCAGGGCGUGGAGAUUCCCCGGAGAGCCCGGCUUUUCUUAGGUGGCUUUGCUGGUCACUCCAAGAGCCAGUGCGCUUUAACCAGGUGGAAGGUUCCGUCUGGGUUUUCUGGUGACCGCCGUGAGCACAGCCCAACACAGCUGCUCAGGGCCGCCGGGCUCCGUGGGGCCUCCCGAUUCUCUCUGUGGGCUGCCAGCCCUCGAUGGAGAUGGUGUUUGAGUUUCAAGGCCAGGCCAGUCAGUUAAGGUACACGUUCCCUCCUCCACGGCAAGGCUGGAGCAAGGACAAGAGGCCGCUGCAGGGACUCCCCUGGACGCCCCACUGUCUCUUGGGUCUGUGCGUGUCAAGACUGAAACGAGGGUGAGGGGAGGGCAUCUGCUCAUUCACAGCCUAGUUUCAUUUUUAUAGGAAAGGUGACCAGGGAGUUAGUGAAUGGUCCAAACACCAAGUCCUCCCUUGAAGGGGAAGGCGUGGGGAGUAGGGACACAUGCGUCGUGGGGUGAUUAUUUACAUUUAAAAGAGAUUUGAAAUAAGCAUCUCCAUCUCUGUAUUCUAUGGCCCUCCCACCAGUACUUUCCUCUUAUUGCAGAAAACAGUUUCUCUGUUAUGUCACAGAAGCCAUUGGCUGAGAAUGGAAGGUGUAAAGGUCACUGCGGGAGCCUGGGGAGGAAAAGCUCAACUGUUCCCCACAGCUGUCCCUCUGUGGGACUCCGUAAGGACUCUGCAAACUGAAAUGAUUCUCAGAACCAGUGAAAACGGUUCUGAGUUGAAACCAAAGGCAACCAUCCUGUUGAUUCCUGUUUUACUCUCAAAAGCAAAAUCUGUAACAGGAAGGGAAUCUGAAAGGAAUAGUCAUCUACAGAACUAGGUCCAAAAUGCUCAUUUUUGGUUCCUGUUAAAAAAAGGAUUCUUUAUGAAAAUCAACAGGAGGUGAAUAUCCCCUUAGGAUUCGAAGAAAGCUCUGGGCUGCCCCACAGAAAGCUCCUUGUCAGUAAAGCAGUCUCUUUACAGAAACAGCCUCUGUUAGGGGAAUCUUGGGUUCUCCUAAAGAUGUUACAGGGGAUCGUGGGCACAUAGCUGGUAAAGACCCUCACGUUAGCUUCUAGAAUGGAGCAAAAAUUCAGGAAGUUGUGUCCUGCAAAAAAAAAAAAAAAGUGAUUCACAGCUGAGUUAGAGUGUGGGCGUGUGUGUGUGUGCGUGUGUGUGUUUGAUGCUAGAAUAAGCUGAGUUAGAGUAUGGAUGGUUGUUUGUGUGACAUGCUAGAAUAAGUCCUGCUCGGAAGCGGGUCCCAGAGUCCUUUGCUCCUACGAUGCAAUGCCAGCUGCCUCCGAGCGAGACCGGGUUUCCUCAGACAGCCUGUAGCCAGGAGAGGCCUGCAGAGGGAGUCACGGACUCAGAGAAGAGUAUCUCUGGCUGCCUAGGGCUCCCUCAAAUUCUCAUUCCACUUAUUUGAUGCUGCUGUGCUGUCUGCUUUUGUAAAAACUUCCCAAAAGUAAUGCCCCGAAGUUACACCUGGGUAUUUCUAUUUCAGCUUCCUGUGCUGCCCACCCAGUCUCUGGAGACGGUUGAGUGUGUUACUGUGAGUGGUGGAGACCGUGUGGGCAGGGGAGGGGCUUGGCCAAUACCUGGGCCUGAGGUCAGGGGCCAGGUCCAGUGCUGACAGCGGCAGAAGGUCUGGCCCGCCAACUUUGAAAACAAUGUCACCUCUUUCUUGGAUCAGUCUAGCUAGGUGGGUAGAGUUCUGAACUGAAGAUGUAUGGGAAUGAAGUCGCAUCCUCAGGGUCCAGAAAGGGCUCUUGCUUCUGAUCAGAGCAAGACGAAGGUGCUUGUCUUCCAGUUUGCUGAGCCCCACUGGAUUUCUUUCUCUUCUCAGUGUCACAAAUGUUUGUCCACCUUCACCCCUCGGUUACAGAUGUGUCAUCUCAGCCUGAACAGGUGCUGCGGUCCCAUUACAAUGUGUUCUCAGCUCUGCGCCCCUUCUUCUCGGGUACUUUCCAAACUUCGGUCUUUUGAUCAGGUUUACCCGGUACUUUUCGCCUCCUUGUGCUUCUGAGUUGUUUUUGUUUCUCUGUUUGUGUUGUGUUUUAAUAUAGAUUAUUAUUUGGCCGAGGCUGAGGGUGCCCACGGGGCUCUUCAUAGGUCUGUGACAAGGAAAGACAUAUUUACAAACUGCCUGUCACGUGCCCGUGGUGGCAUAAUGACAUAGCAUGAGGGUUUUUUUGCACAUGCAAAAUUGUAAUGAAAACCCUGACUGUCUGGGUCAAGGCCAAAGUCUUGCUAUUUUAAUUAAAAUAAUUAUUUUCCUUU